AAACCAGGCACAUCCAGUGCCUCCAGCAGUGAAAAAACGAAGGCAAUAGUCGCAUCAUCGAUGUGUAAAACGGAUGUGAAAUCCAGCAAAGCGGAUGGUAAAAGUGAAGUGAAAAUUGAGGAGCUACCGGACAAGGUUUUUGAUGCAAAUGAGCUGCGAAAUAACUUGAAACCAAUUGUGGACAGGUUACUCAGCAUGGAGGAAUCGAUACCGUUCAGGAUCCCAGUCGAUCCGGAUAUUCUCGGCAUACCGCAGAAGAUAUUGUGA